AUGUGUCAAUGGUAUUGGCAUGCAUUACGAUCCCGAAUUUUUCCUAAACCAGAAAUUUUUGAUCCCGAUCGCUUCUUACCAGAGAAUGAAAAACAAAUAAAUGCUAUGUGUUAUUUGCCGUUUGGUGAAGGACCAAGACAUUGCAUAGGGCGUCGCUUUGCCGAACAAAAUUUACGCUCUGCUCUGGCAGCGAUCGUAUUUAAUUUUGAGCUCCGUCCAAAGCCGAAUGCUCCUUUGCCUUCUGAAACUGAACCCGAAAAGAAAGGAAUGUUCCUUAUGCCCGGACAACAUCUUUACUUGAAGUUUAUACCGAGACACGCACUCAACCAAUAA